UAUUCUCAUGGGCUAAUGGACAUUUAUUUACAAAUACGUUAUAGGGGAAAAUAUGCAACAGUGUGGCGAGCAGUUCACAAGAAGACUGGCACGGCGUACGCUGCAAAAUUUGUGAAGAAGAGGCGAAGAAAUCAAGACCAGAUGAAAGAAAUCAUCCACGAAAUAGCCGUAUUGAUGCAGUGCAAAAUGACCAACAGGGUGAUACGGUUACACGAGGUCUACGAAUCAAUCACCGAGAUGGUUCUAGUACUGGAAUUAGCCGCAGGCGGCGAACUACAGCACAUCCUCGAUGGCGGACAAUGUCUGGGAGAGGUGGAAGCCCGUAAAGCAAUGAAACAAAUAUUAGAAGGCGUUGCUUACUUACACGACAAGAACAUUGCUCAUUUGGACCUGAAACCUCAAAAUUUACUGCUAUCUGUACAAGACUGCUGUGAUGACAUAAAACUCUGUGAUUUUGGCAUAUCGAAGGCGCUCAUGCCUGGUGUAGCGGUACGAGAAAUAUUAGGUACUGCUGAUUAUGUAGCUCCAGAAGUGCUUAGCUACGAACCAAUAGGCCUUAGCACCGACAUUUGGUCAGUAGGAGUAUUAGCCUAUGUUCUCUUGUCGGGAUUCAGCCCCUUCGGAGCCGAUGAUAAACAACAAACUUUCCUGAACAUUUCCAAAUGUUCGCUCACCUUCGAACCGGAACAUUUUGGAGACGUUUCCAGUGCUGCGAUAGAUUUUAUCAGAAGUGCCCUUAUUGUUGACCCUAGGAAUCGGCCAUCAAUCCACGAAAUGCUCGACCAUCCCUGGAUAUCGUUAAAGAGCAACAUCCCACCCACCUUACACCUAAAACCAUGUGAACACCAAAACAUUCAAUCGAACAACAUAACGCCAAAAUCGACGCCGAUAACGCAACGCAAAAGUUUUGCCUGCAUCAACGACACUGGCACGGUGAAAUCUCCAGGACAACGAAAAAACGGCUUUGACACCCUCAGUAGUACUUUCACAGACUCCUCGUCAGUUCGUACGUACACAGUUUCAACAAAUUGUUUGUGUCCUCAGUGUGGUACGACUUGUCGCCACAUCACGCAUACACCAGUGACUAAAACUACCAUCACCAUCGAUAGGGGCAUUCUGUGUUAGCUGAUUGUUCACAAAGUAACCAGAAUGCGGGUUUUAUACCUAUACAUCGAUUUAACUUUGAUUUAGUCAAACCAAACAUCGUAGUUGGUCUUAGAAAUUGUCAUUCUAAUUAAUUUUUUGUGUAAAUAUCUCGUUUGUAUUUGCAUAGCUAAAUAAGACUGGGGAAAGAUUAAUUGACAUUCAAAACAAGUUAUAUAUUUUAUCCACCUAAUUUUGGGGUGCUAGAAAAACGUUUCUUUGUAAAGAAAAAGUUAUUGAAGUUUUACAUUCGUCUCUAAGUUGGGCUGCUCUAGAAGCUGUAGAAACAACUAUUUCUUUGGUUUUAACCAGUCAGCCUUCAGUGUGAUUUAUAAUCAAUCCGUUAAACAUAUUUACAGGCCACAUUGAAUUCUUUUUAUUUCCUGCUCUUCGUCUUUUCAUAUCUUAUGUAAUCAAGAAAAGAAAUUAUUCGUUCAUUUAUAAAAUGUUUACAUAUAAAAUCCCAACAAAUGUUUACAUUUUAUAAGGAAGAUUAUUAUAAUGAUUUACGUUUAAGGUAGAUGAAAAAUUUAUCCAAGGAAGUUAUAGUUAGAAACACCUCUAGAAUUCCAGCUACGUAAUUUUUUAAAUCCAAUUAUACUUGAAUCGGUGUAAUGGUAUAAAAGUACGCCAGAAAUAUCGGCACAUUUAGAUUUUUUUGUAAAGACAUGUCAAAAAUUAGUUCCAUGCAGUAAAAGUAACGGUUAUGUAACAUCAUUGCAACAAUUAUCACUACACUAAGAUCUAUAAAUUGAGCUGAAUCCAAGUCCAAUGUGACUUAUCCAAAUGUACAAAAAUGUUUACCAAAUCCGGCCAAUAUCAAGAAAUAUACAUAAAGAUGAUAAUAUAUGUAAAUAUAAAGUUGAAUAUUCAUAUAUUUAAUAAUGUUUAGCAUCUUAAUCAUUGUUCAAAUCUUAAAACCAAAUAAGAAAUAUUGUAAUGAAGAUGUGUCCAACCUUCAAAAAUCUUUUUUCGAGUCUUUAAAUUUAAUUUCAUCAUUCGUUUGUACAUACAUUCAUUUCUUUUUCCUAUUUUCCUUGUAUCUUGCAUGCUUUUAGGUAUUUUUUUAAAAUGAAGGUAGGAUAAAUAAUUUCUUGUUUUUUCUAAUACAUUCUCCUUGUUUUAAUAAUUCUAUGGAUUGAGCAAUGAAUUGCUUUUCUAGGUGGUUUUAAAUAAUUGUAUACCAAAUAAGUUUUUUGUUCGCUUAGAAUUAUGUUCAAAGUACAAUAAAUAGAAGAUGUAUUUAACAUUAUCUAUUUUAAUCGAGAUUGUGCAUCAGCCUUAGUGUAUAUUAUGACUGGUAUAAAGUAUUUCUUUCUUUUUUUUUUUUUAGUUUUUCACAAGUUAAAUGUGUUCCAACUUUGAUUUAUAUUCGGCUGUAGCAUUAAUAACUUUCUCCUGUCCACUCUGUAGUUGAAAAUAUAUAUGAGAGAUCUGUCUUUCUGUCUUCAAGUUGUUUUCGACCUACCACUGUCUGAUGAGCCCCAAAAGGGCGAAACGUGUCAUAGUGUGGUCGGAGCAUGAAAUGUUAGACAUAAAGUACAGCCAUUUUACGCCACCUUUUAGAAAAGUAGACCUUCAUUCCUAAGAAAAAUCAAUUUUCAUACAGAAAUCAUAAAAAUCUCAAUCAGUAUCAUUCAGAAUCAUUAACGAAGUCUUUUUUAAAUCUCUUCUCGUGCCUGGUUUUCGACAAAUAACUAGUGGCGAGUGUAAUGAUGGGUAUUAUCUACCAGAAUAAAAAAUAGUUCAUCUUCACAAUGUAUUUAGUUUGUACACUACAUAAUUCGUUACAAGAUGACAACACGUAGCUGAUAUAUUCAACAGCUCCUAUUUUUUAUGACCGAUACUAAAAUAUGAAAAUCAAUGAAAUUAUUGGAUAUUUGGAAUUUCUCUUUAAAUAACAUCUCGGUAUUCAAACGUAAGACUAUUAUAAACAAUACAUAUUAUACAGAGUGAGUCUGUAAUUUGGAAUAAAUUCAAUAUCUCAAAUACUAAUUGUUUUUUGAAAAUUGCUCAGACCCGUCGAUUAGUAUUUCAAAUUGUCUUUUUUGACAUACAAUAAUAAUGUAUACAGGAUGUCCCAAUUUAGAGAUAUGGCGUCAUCGUUAAUUUUCUUAAAUGGCAACACUGUCAUUUUGAUAGCUAUUUUGAUAGGGUGUGUAAAGUUAUACAUAACUGCAAAAUUUCAAAUUUUUGUUCCCUACCAUUUACAAGAUAAUAAAAAACAACAAAGUUAUGAAAAACAAGUAAUCAAAUAAUAGUUGAAUUUAGUUAUUUCAAUUAAGCAAAUGCUCAUAAUGUUGCCCUCAAUUAUUGUCAAAUAGUCAAUGCGCAACAUUAUGAGCAUUUGCUUAAUUGAAAUAAUUAAAUUCAGUUAUUAUUUGAUUACUUGGUUUUCACAACUUUGUUAUUUUUUAUUAUCUUGUAAAUGGUAGGCAAUACAAAUUUGAAAUUUUGCAGUUAUGUAUGACUUUACACACCCUAUCAAAAUAGCUAUCAAAAUGACAGUGUUGCCAUUUAAGAAAAUCAACGAUGACGUUAUAUCUCUAAAUUGGGACAUCCUGUAUACAUUAUUAUUGUAUGUCAAAAAGGACAAUUUGAAAUACUAAUCGACGGGUCUGAACAUUUUUCAAAAAAACGAUUAGUAUUUGAGAUAUUGAAUUUAUUCCAAAUUACAGACUCGCUCUGUAUAAUCAUAUCAUUAAUAAUUACUUUGGAACAUAUUAAGUAAGGUUGGCUCGUAUAGGAAUGACGCCUACAAAAAUGUGUUAGUAGAUUCUAUUAAUUAUAAAUAACAAUAUACGGGGUAUGCAUUGAUAGUUUUGCACCUUCGAAUAAAAAAACCUACAGCUGCAAUUAUAGGAAAUGCUGCAUAUUUUUCAUUUCUCAAAUAUUGAAAAGUCGUGUAGUGAUGUGUGAGUAACGAGCUUUGACUAUAAGAUACAAUCUUUCGGUUAUAUUAGAGAAAAAAAGACAAGCUGGUCUUGAUCUUAAUUGAACCGAUAAUAUGUUGCUAUAUUGCUUGUUUUAUACCAUAAGUCUGUAUGUACCUGGGUAUGUGCACAGAAAAAUUCGUGCAGUCGAAAUUUCAAUAGAUACAGAAAAACUGAUCAUGAAUUCGUCAUCAAAAAGUUAUGAGGGGAAAAGCUAUGAAACUAGAUCCCUCAAAACUAAAACAUGUUUACUCAUGCUUUUAAAGUUUCCGUUUUGACUGAGUAUUGAAUUCUUCAGUAUAAUUUGUAAAUACUAAUGAUGUUCAAUUGAAACAAGUCUAGAAUUUGUAAGCUAGUUUUUAUUCAACAAAUUCAAAAUUCUUCAGAAAUGACUUAUAUUUUUUAACCAUAUUUAUUUUUGGAUCUUUCGAUGAUAAAAAAUUGCGACUUAAUUGAAAAUUUCUCUCGAAACUGAGCUGCUUCUUUCCAUCAAUAACCUUUUGCAAAAGUUAAUAUUGGCGCCCCCUUCCUUAUAAUUUUUUCCGCUAAGAAACUUUUUCAGAACCGUAGGACAUUACCAAUCGGUCUAGCGAGUCUCUUCAUGUUUUAUUAAACGAAUUACAGUAUGCAACAAAAUAAACAGUCUAUCUAUCUAAUGAGCCCUAAACAUCCAUUCUUGGAUAUAAGCCUCCUCUUCCUUCUUCCAUGCCUCUCUAUAUUGGGCAAUUUGCAUCCAAUUUGACCCAGUGUGUUUCUUCAGGUCAUCCGACCAUCGCAUCUGUGGCCUUCCCCUUUUUCGUUUGUGGUUCCACGGUCUCCAUUGUAUAAUCAUCUUAGUCCAUCUUUCAUCCUUCUGCCGUAGGGUGUGUCCGGCCAACUUCCAUUUAAGCUUUGCUACUUGGGUAGAGACAUCUUUCACUUUUGUUUUGUUACGGAUCCAUUCGUUUCUUUUCCUGUCUGAUAGUCUAAUGUUCAGCAUUUGUCUUUCCAUGGAUCUUUCUGUCGUUGCUAUUUUUUCCAUAUUUUCUUUUGUAAACGUCCAUGUCUGAGAGCCAUAUAUUAGAACAGCGAGUAUACAUUGAUUGAAUACUCUUGUUUUUAGGUAUUGCGGGUAUUUUCUGUUCUUUAGAAUAUAAGACAGUUUUCCGAAUGAUGCCCAGGCCAAUCUUAUUCUUCUCUUUAUUUCUUCGGUUUGAUUUUCUUUAUUUAAUCUAGUGAUUUGUCCUAGAUAUAUUAUACUCUUUUACUUGUUCUAUUCUUGUUUGUGCCACUGUAAUUAUUAGUUCUUCUUGUUGAUUGGUCAUGGUUUUUGUUUUACUGUAAUUCGUCUUCAGUCCUAUCUUUGUCGAUUCUCUAUCUAGUUCUUCCAUCAUUCUUUGUAAUUUUUCACUUCUUUCUGUUAUUAAUACAAUAUCAUCAGCAUAUCGUAAGUGAUUCAGAUAUUGCCCGUUUAUGUUUAUACCCAAACCAUCCCAGUGUAGUUGUUUGAACACAUCUUCUAGCGCUUGGUUGAAUAGCUUGGACGAGAUGGUAUCUCCUUGUCUUACUCCUCGGUUUAUUUUAAUAGGCUCCGUUUGUUUCAUUAGCUUAAUAGUUGUUGUUGCCUUAUCAUAUAUAUUUGUAAUUAAGUCGGUAUAUCUGUAGUCUAUUCUGCUGUUUUGUAGGGAAUUCUUUACUGCCCAGUGUUCCACACUAUCAAAUGCUUUUUCGAAGUCAAUAAAUGCCAUGUAUAGCGAGAUAUGAUAUUCGUUAGCUUUUUCGAUUAAUAUCUUCAUCGUUAAAAAGGUGGUCACUUGUACUGAAGCUCUUUCUAAAUCCGGCUUGUUAUCUUGCCUGGUAUCCAUCUAAUUUAGUUGUUAAUCUGUUUGUUAAUAUCUUGGUUAAUAGUUUGUACAUCACAUUUAGUAAAGUUAUGGGUCUGUAAUUCUUUAGAUCCUUUUUAUCUCCUUUCUUAAAUAAUAACAAUGUUACUGCUUCGUUCCAAGUGUUGGGUAUAAAAUAAACAGUACUGAAAUGAAUAUUGAAAUGAUUAUAUGAUUAUUUAUAUAUUUAGUAUACAUGAUAUAGCCUUGCAAACGUUAUUCAUGACGACGUUCUCGAUAAAACAGAUGUUAAAGCUGCCCUCUGGCACGAAAAAUCUUUAAUUCUAGUCGGUAAUUCCGGAAUGUCGGACGGUGGAUCGGUCUGCCUCCUUUAGCAUUCCCCAUCCCCAUAUGUAACCAUCAGGUGGCGUUAGGUCUGGUGAGUGCGAUGGGUAUGGAAAAUCACCGCCACGCGAAAUAAGGCUAUCCCCAAAAUGAUCGCGCAGUAUUCGAAGAAAUUCCCUGGCCGUCCAGGUUGCAACCAAAGAGGUUGCCCCGUCCUGCUGAAAUCAUUGUUGAUUUUAAGCUUGGACCGUUUUCACGGCCUUUUCCAUAUGACUGAAAAUAGCAUUCCACGAUAAAUACCUAAGCUGAAGAGAGAACUAUCCUGAAGCACCUAACAUUAGUAUCACAUUCACAUAUGUUAUAACGACGUUCGGAAACCACUCAGUAGGCUGCGCAUAACACAUACAAAUUUGAGGCAUACGCAUUUCAGUACUGUUUAUUUUGCCGUAUGCCAUAGUUCCGCGCCGCUGUAGAUAUUUUUGUGAUAUCCUGUGAAAAAUAUUGUUUCCAAUGUAUUUUCGGAUCUGGAUUAAUGAUAUUCAUCGUUUUCUUGGAUGAAAAUUUCUCCAUGAUUGAGAAAAUGAGCUACCUUCUCUAAUCUGUUGUACAUAUCAUUUACAAAUGGUAAUUUGAGUGGACAAAUAUUGAAAAUUAUGGUUGUUGAACCUUUAUUAAUGAGAUAUUUAAUCAUAUUUGUGCCUUGUUACAGAAAAAUUCGGAGCUUAGUGUAGUUGAACGUUGCAAUGUCGAGUUCUAACAAAAUUAUAUUAUAGAUAUAAUAAAAUGGAUAAGUGUAUUUUUUUAGUUUAGAUAAUUAUGUCGCCUGUAAGGUUGCCAUAAUUUCUAUGUAGGUGGAACGUGCUUUUUGUAAAGACAAAAUUGUGUUUGUAAUGUUACAUCAGUGUUACACAGAAAUCGAUUGUUAUGCAGAUGCAUGUUACGGGUCUAAAAUACGGAAAAAUGUUUUUUAAUAUUUGAAAAAUAAAAACUGAAUUUUGGCAUUGUCGAAUGAUUGAUUCCAUCAUUUUUUAAGUUACAUGGAUGUUUAUUUGUGCUAUUGUUGGGAUGUACAGUGCUAUUUGUAUUUAAGUAUGAGUAAUUUAUAUUCUUUUGUUGCUUUAAUUCACUUUAAUUUGGUGUGUACCUAAAUAAAGUUAUUUGUUAAUUUCAA